UGGAGCUGUGAGGGACGGCGGGCGGCGGCCAGCGGAAGGAGUUUUGGUAAAUUCCCCCCGGAAUGAAUAUCUGUUAAAAGUGUAAACUUCAAGGAAGUGUGGAACUUACCCAGACUCCAGAGAAGAGUUUCAGAAAGAUUUAAAAAAGCAGGUGGCUGGUAGAAGAGAGAGCACUGCUCUGACGAUGUCGAGGAGAAAGCUGGAGAAUAAAAGCCUUUCUGGCUUGUUGGCCACAUCUCUGCACACACCAAUCAAGACAGAUAACUUCUAUAAUUUUUAUAUGCUUGAAUCAAAAGAGCUAGGGAGAGGAAGAUGUGCUGUGGUUAGAAAAUGUGUAGCUAAAUCCACAGGCCAAGAGUAUGCAGCUAAAUUUUUAAAGAAAAGAAGAAGAGGUCAAGACUGCAAAGCAGAGAUUCUGCAUGAAAUUGCUGUCCUUGAAUUAAUGAAAUCCAACCCUCGCAUAGUUAAUCUCCAUGAAGUCUAUGAAACAGCAAAUGAAAUCAUCUUAGUGUUGGAAUAUGCUGCUGGAGGAGAAAUAUUUGACUUGUGUGUCCCAGAUCUGGAUGACAGAAUUUGUGAAAGGGAUAUUGUAAGGCUUAUAAGGCAAAUACUCGAAGGACUUUGCUGCUUGCACGAAAACAAUAUUGUUCAUCUUGAUUUAAAGCCUCAAAAUAUUUUGCUGAGCAGCGUCAAUCCUCUUGGUGAUGUAAAAAUUGUAGAUUUUGGGAUGUCCCGGAAGGUUGAGAAUUCCAGUGAGCUGCGGCAGAUCAUGGGGACAACGGAGUAUCUCGCUCCAGAAAUCUUGAACUAUGAUCCUAUUACCACAGCUACAGACAUGUGGAACAUCGGUGUCAUCUCAUACAUGCUGCUGACACAAGAAUCUCCAUUUGUGGGAGCUGAUGUUCAAGAAACUUACCUUAAUAUAUCUCAAGUUAACGUGGAUUAUUCAGAAGAAACAUUUUCAUCAGUUUCUCAGCCUGCAAAAGACUUCAUUCAAAAACUUCUCAUAAAAAAUCCAGAGGACAGGCCCAGUGCAGCGGACUGUCUCUCCCAUUGGUGGCUGCAGCAAGGGGAGCUCACGCUCCUGUGCAGCCCCGAGGAAACGUGCUGCUCCCCUCAGCUGCCAGGACACACCCCAAAGGGCUCGGAAGAGCGGAGCGUAAAAUCCAGCUGCAACAGCAGCUGCAGCGACAAGGAGGACAAGGAGAACAUUCCGGAGGACAGCAGUACGCUCUCCAAACGCUUCCGCUUUGACGAUUCGUUGCAGUAUCCCCAGGACUUCGUGACAGACUUUGUGUGUUAAAGUGUAAUACGGACUUUGCACGAAAUAAAUUCAGUAUAAUCUGUUCCAGUGGUGAAAAAAGGGUUCUGGCUUGCCAACUGGUGCAGCAUUGGCAUACUGGAAAUGCACUUUGAUUCUUUUACGCUGGUGCCUCCUUUUCUAUCCAUUGCUGGCAGUGGAUUUAAAUCCCGAGGAAUUGGAGUUGUUGCGCCGAUAAAAUGAAUUAUUUUUUUUAAGAAGAUAUAACUAAAUAUUUUUGCACUUUUCAAGUUCUAGUCAAAAGAUGAUGCUAGAGUGAACAAACUGAAUCCUGCAAAUGAGUUUAAACAUAGCCUUUGCAAACAGUGGUUGAACACGUGCAUGCUUUUAGGAGUACCCUUAGUAAGAAAUUGGGAAGGGGAGAAGGGAGGGUGAAUCUUGCUGGUUUACUGGAGUUGCUUGCUACAGCUUUAAAUAGAGGCUAAAUUUGGUAUGUUUUGGGACCAUGGUACACCGCUUGGGGCCAUUUAGGAACCUGUUUUCCCUCUGGGUUCACUAGUAGUUCUGCCUUAUAGAUCUGGUCCACUUGGGCGUUACCAUGCAUAUUCUGUGCGGUUAUGCUGCGUUGGAUCUCUGCAACACUUGGCAUAGAAAACAGGUAGAUUGUCAGUCCUUGUGCUUCUGGUCCUUGGCUUCUUACCAUACGUUACAUUUGAAGAUGAGGUUGCUAUGCUGAUGUGAAUAUUUGAAUUUGGUUUGCUUUUAUCAAACCUCUGAAAUAGUCUAAUCUACCUUUAUUGAUUUUCCGUUACUUUAAAACAAUCCCCCACACAAACAAGCCCCAAAACAUAAAGCCUCUAGUUAAAAGUAGUAAAACAGAGUAAACUGAAAAUAACCAUUUUUGCCAGUGAAACUGCAAUUAACUUUUCUCUGAUGUGCCCCCCUAAUGUAGAAGUGCAUCUUGCUGUCAAUUAUCGUUGCCCACAAUUACUCAGCUUCAUGCCUGCUCUGAGAAAUGGACUGCAGUGUGUUAGUGUUUAAAGACAAACUACCUAAUUGUUUUAAACCUUUAAAAUUGGUUUGGUUGGUGGUAUUUUUUUAAAGUUCUGUGCCUUCCACUUCCACUCGUUCCUGGCUCUGAGGUAAAUAAUGCCUGUGUCCAGUUUUGUCUCAGAGCAAAUGCCAGUUGUGCCUUAACAGCCUGAAACUGUUAAAAUAAGCCUCUUGAUCAUAACAAAGGCUUGGGACCCUUUUUGGGCAAUGAGUUUAUUGAAACUCUUACAGAUAUUUUGAAAGUAAAUGCCACUUUAAAAUAUUUUGGGAUUUUCCACUCCUCAAAGCUUAAAUUUAAUUGUCUUUUAAUUGGAUUUGUUUUCUGUAAUAAAAUACCACAAUCUUACAAUCUUUUUCAAGUGUGCCUGUGGAUUUGUCAGUAGCUGGGCAGAUUGGCAUUUUGGACUGUGAUUGGGCGGUGAACCUGAUGAGUAAAGAUUGUUUUUUAUCUUUCUUCUCACAAGGAAAGAGCAGGUUCUUCCCAAACAGAUUUCAGUGUAAGAGUCACCAUAAUGCAGGGGGGAUGCUCACGUUGACAAGUGGAAAGCAGACUGAGGUGCAAGGCUGUAGAACUUUUCAUCUUGUGUUUGUCAGAAGUUCUCCAAGACUUAAUUUCACGUGAAAUGAAGUAACAGGUUUGUUCAGCAGAGACACAGCUCUGACAGCUUUGUGGGAGUGAACCACACUUAGUCUCCUGCGUGUAUUAAUUCUCAUGGAGCUUUUUUCAGUGGUACUGAGUGGAUACAUAAUUACAGAAUUGCUUUGAAGGAGGCAGCUGUUGGAUUGUGCUCAGGUACUUCACACCCUUACUUUUCAAUGUCCUUGGCUUUUCCCAGUUGGAAUCUUACCUGACCUUUUGAUUUUUUUUCCCCCCACCCUUAUGGACUCCAGUUUGAACUGGGUAAAUUAAAAACACAAGUUUGAUACAUAUGUAGAAGUUAAAGUUCACUUAAGAUAAAGAAGAAAAUACCAAAAAGCUGUGUAGAUAAAAGUAAAAAAGAAUGUUUAAAAAUUCAUUACAAUUUAAAAUUCUGCCAAAAUGUUCCUGAAUUGAAGUUACAACGAUUUUUUAGCAUCUGGAAAAUAAA